AUGCUCGAUUUCAUUUUAUCUAUUUCUCCUGCUUCUAAUGUUUCCUUACAUAAUGACCCGAUUGUUUUAAUAGACGCUUACCACCCUCCUUUAUACAUUAAUUAUUUGUUUGAUAAAUCGUUUUCUUCUCUUACUUUUUCCGAAACAUCCAAUGACUGGAAAAAAAGUGAUUUUAGUUCCAUCCUCUCAUUUUUAGAUUCUAUUGACUGGAUCUCUAUUUUCAGUAAAUAUUAUGAUAUUUCUUCAAUGUUACAUGAAUUUUAUUCCAUUUUAUUUUCAGCUAUAGAUUCUUUCAUACCAAAAAAGAAAAUUGUUUCAUCAAAAUUUCCUAUCUGGUACUCAAAAGACUUAAAAUCUUUAAUUAAACAAAAAAAAUUACUGCAUGUUAUAUAUAAAAUGUCUAAAUCUAAUUUGGAUUAUUUAAAUUUCUCCUCUAUUCGAUCCCUUUGCAAGCAACGUAGUAAAACUGAUUAUGCCUACUAUUUAAAUAAAAUUCAACUUUCUCUAAAAUCUAACCCUAAACAAUUUUGGUCCUUUAUGAGAAAUUUAAAAUGUUCUUCAGGUCUACCGAAUUCUUUAUCCCUUAAUAAUCUAAUAGCUGAUAACGGUCAAGAUAUAGUAAAUUUAUUUAGUAGUUAUUUUGCUUCUACUUAUAAAAAAGUAAAUGCUCCUGCUCUUUCCACUCCUGUCAUAAAAUCUUUUCAAUCAAUAAAUAAUUGUGACAUAAACCUUCUUGAUGUCUUCAAUGAACUCGACACUUUAAAUUAUAAAACCCCUACUAGCCCAGAUGGCAUUAAUCCUUUAUUUUUAUAUACUUGUAGAUUCGUUCUCUCUGCCCCCAUAACUUUUCUUUUUAACACCUCCCUUUACACGAGUUGCUUCCCAUCAAUUUGGAAAAACACAUUCAUUAAUCCUAUUUUGAAAAAUGGAGAUAAAUCUUUAAUUUCUAACUACCGCCCUAUAUCUAUUAUUUCUAUCAUCCCUAAAAUUUUCUCUAAAAUUAUCAAUUCUAAAAUCUCUCCUCUCCUUAAUAAUAUCCUGGUUCCUCAUCAACAUGGAUUCCGUAAAAAAAAUCUACAAUCACUAACUUAA